AUGCCAAAAUUAACUCCAGUAGCCACAUUUAUUGGGGCUAACAAACAAACUCAAGUGAGUGAUUUUUGCUCAUCUCAAAACCUAGUAGCAUUUGGUGCUUCAAACACAAUAGCUUUAUGGAAUCCCUUAGAUCCAUCAUAUAAAGGUGUUUACGCCACUCUUAAGGGCCAUCAAGCUGAUGUAACAUGUGUUAGAUUGAUUCCAGAUUCUAACUUCAUGGUAUCUACUUCGGAAGAUCAUCAUGUCAAACUCUGGAAGUUUAGUCAAAAUGACAAAACUUGGGAUUGUGUUCAAAGCUUGACAAAAUAUACCUCUACAAUAGUUAGUUUGGCUGUGUUGAAAAAUUUAAUAGUCAUUGGUUGCGCUGAUGGUAAUGUAUCCAUUUGGGUAUUAAAUGAAGAUAAUGAGGAAGAAUAUUUAAAAUUAGGUAACGAAUUUAUUGUUCAAAAAGGAUUUUUCCCUCUUUCGAUGACUUUAUCAAAUAUUAUCGAUGAUAAAUAUCUCUUGGCUAUUGGUGGUUCAAGUAUUAAUAUAUUUGUUUAUUCUUUUAUUCUACCUAAAGAUUUGUCAACCGUGCAGGAGUGUAUUAAGGUUGCUACAUUGGAAGGGCAUGAAGAUUGGGUCAAAGCACUAUCCUUCCGUUAUCAAGAAACACCAGGUGAUUAUUUAUUAGCUUCUGGUUCUCAAGAUAGAUAUAUCAGACUAUGGAGAAUUCGUAUUAAUGAUUUAAUUGAUAAUUCAGACGAAGAUGAAACAAAAUUAAAUCUAUUAAACAAUAAACAAUAUAAAUUCCAAAUUGGUACAGAUUUGAAAGUUGCUAUUAAUUUUGAAGCUUUGAUUAUGGGCCAUGAUGAUUGGAUUUCUUCAUUACAAUGGCACUCUAAAAAAUUACAAUUAUUAGCAUCGACUGCCGACACUGCAGUUAUGGUCUGGGAACCUGAUGAAGUAUCUGGUAUUUGGGUUUGUGGGUUGAGACUAGGUGAAAUGUCAUCAAAAGGUGCAUCUACAGCUACUGGUUCCUCAGGUGGAUUUUGGACUUGUUUAUGGUUCGAGUGUGAUGGUAAAGAAUAUAUUCUAACAAAUGGUAAAACUGGUUCAUGGAGAAUUUGGUCUUCCACCGAUAAUUUAACAUGGGAACCAGAAAUUGCUAUUAGUGGUGCAACGAAGGAAGUUACAGAUGUAGCAUGGUCACCAAAUGGUGGGUAUUUACUAUCUACUUCAUUAGAUCAAACUACAAGACUAUUUGCGCCAUGGACAAAUUCGGAUAAAAAAUCAAAUUCAGUAUCAUGGCAUGAAAUGUCUAGACCACAGAUCCAUGGGUAUGAUAUGAUAUGUGUUGAACCAGUUAAUGAUUCUAGGUUUGUAAGUGGUGGUGAUGAAAAAAUUUUGAGAUCAUUUGAUAUGCCUAAAGGUGUAUCUGAAUUAUUAAAUAAAUUUUCUAACAUCCAAUUUAAUGAUUCCAAAGAAAUGCCUAUGUCAGCAGCAUUACCAGCAUUAGGAUUAUCAAAUAAAGCUAAUAUGGAGGAUAAUCUUGUUAAUGAUGCUGAAGAUGAAGACAAUGAUGAGCGUGAAAAUGAUCAAACUCAUAACAUUUCAUAUGAUCUUGUAAGUUCCUUGAACUCUCCGCCAUUUGAAGACCAACUUCAAAGACAUUUGUUAUGGCCAGAAAUUGAAAAAUUGUAUGGUCAUGGUUAUGAAAUUGUAUGUGUUGAUGUUUCACCUGAUAAAAAAUUAAUUGCAUCAGCAUGUCGUUCAAACACUCAACAACAUGCGGUGAUUAGAAUAUUUAAUAUAGAUACAUGGUUGGAAAUAAAGCCACCUUUAUCAUUUCAUACUUUGACUAUUACCAAAUUAAGAUUUUCGAAGGAUUCUAAAUAUUUGUUGAGUGUAUGUAGAGAUAGACAAUGGGCUAUUUGGGAAAGGAAGUUUGAAGAUAAUUCAUUUACAUUAAAAUAUUCUCAUUCGAAACCUCAUACAAGAAUCAUUUGGGAUUGUGAUUGGGCACCAUUAGAAUUUGAUAAAUUAUUUAUUACUGCUUCGAGAGAUAAAACUAUUAAAUCUUGGAAAUUUAUGGAAGACAAAGAUGAACAAAAUUAUAAACUAUUGCAUAGUAUCAAGCAUACUCAACCUGUUACUGCCGUUUCGAUUUAUAAUAAGGUUGUUGCAUCUGGAGGAAUUAUUGUAGCAAUUGGGUUAGAAGAUGGUAAUAUUAUUAUCUAUGAUUAUGAUAAUGAAAAUGGGUUUAAACUACUGGAGAAUGUUGAGUCACGUAUUACACCUGGUGGUAAGAUUACUCGUUUAAGAUGGUCAAGCAAGGAACUGGAUAAUAAAUUAUAUCUCGGUGUUUCAAGUAGUGAUACAUCCACUCGUAUCUACGAGUUUUUUUAA